GUCACGUAGUUGGUCAAUCGCAGUACUUUCCAUUUUCCACUCUUCGGCCAAGUCGCAGCAUUUUCCAUUUACCACUCUUCCAUUGCUCUCUAUAUGUCGCUCUGGGUUGACCAGUACCGCCCUAGGGCCCUCGAUGACCUUCACUAUCAUCAAGGACUUUCGACCUGCCUGAAGGCUCUCGCUGCUUCUGGAGACUUUCCUCACAUGCUCUUUUACGGCCCGUCUGGAGCUGGGAAGAAGACGCGUAUAACGUGUACGCUGAGGCAGUUGUUCGGUCCUGGAGUAGAAAAGCUCAAAAUCGACCAGCGCGUGUUCCUUACACCUUCCAGACGAAAAGUCGAAGUGAACCUCGUUCAAAGCAACUUCCACAUCGAAAUAACGCCGAGUGAAGCGGGGUCCUACGACAGAGUAGUUAUUCAAGAAUUGCUAAAGGAGAUUGCCCAGACACAGCAGGUCGAUCUAAAUGCUAAACAGAGAUUCAAAGUGGUUAUUAUCAACGAGGCCGACUCUUUGUCACGGGAUGCUCAGGCAGCCCUACGUCGGACAAUGGAAAAAUACAUGUCAAAUAUGCGCAUAAUCCUAUGCGCCAAUAGCACGAGUCGUCUUAUCGCUCCUAUCAAAAGCAGGUGCCUUCUUAUGCGUGUAGCGGCUCCCAGUCGCGAAGAGAUGCAAAGCGUUAUGCAAUAUGUAUCAAAACGCGCCGGCUUCGACCUGCCACCAGAAGCAGGUGACAAAAUCAUCGAUGAUUCUGGAGGGAAUUUGAGGAAGGCCAUCCUUGUUUUGGAAGCCCUGAAGAUGCAGUCGCCUGACCUUUCAGGACCUUUGGCUAUUGCAAAACCAGAUUGGGAAACUUAUUGCCAUAAAGUCGCAGACAUGAUUAUCAGCGAGCAGUCGCCUGCACGUGUCAUGGAGGUCAGACAAAAACUGUACGAGCUACUGAGCCAUUGCAUCCCUCCCACCGUCAUUCUCAAGACCAUUGCAGAACGUGUUGUAGACCGAGUCGAUGAAGCUAUCAAGACUGACAUCAUGCAUUGGGCCGCUAUAUAUGAGGUUCGGAUGCGUAUAGGCAGCAAAAAGAUAUAUCAUUUAGAGGCAUGGGUAGUUAAGGUGAUGAGUAUAUAUAAGCACUUCUUCUAUGACAUGGAUAUGUCAAGUUUUGAUUGAUUUUCUGGCGUGGGCUCGCUGUCAUAUAUGUAUCUCGGCACUGCAUUAUAAUGACACUACGGAAACAGUCAUGACCUAGUAGGCAUAACAGUUACCGGUGAUAUUCAUGCUGGCGCGUUUAGAUAUAUGGUUGCGUAGAAACUACUCUCUACACUCGUACUCGUCUUCAACAGAAGCAAGGAAGUCCAAGAG